CAGCCUCACAUGCUCUCUCACCUCAACAAUCAUCAAUCAUUUCUCUCUCCCCUGCGGAAAUUUUCUCUCUCUUCAUCACGUCCGACGGUUCUCUCGAUCCUCCUCUCCCCAGUCCGUUCACCAGGAAAGCUGCAGUUACCGGCGGGACCCGACCGUGCCCUCGAUUUCCCGGCAUAGAUGGUUUCCCAGGAGAACAGCAAUUGGCUCUUCGAUUACGGCCUGAUUGAGGACAUCCCUGUCCCCGACGGGAACUUCCAGGUCCAUAAUUCUGGGUUCUCGUGGCCUCAGCCCUUGAAUGUGGGUUCUAACGCGAGUGUGGAAAUUGAUGGAUCAUUCGGAGAUUCAGAUGGUGUUAAGGAAAACCCCAAAAAGCGGUUGAGAUCUGAAUCGUGUGGUGCAACUAGCUCUAAGGCAUGUAGAGAGAAGCUACGCAGAGAUAGAUUAAAUGACAAGUUUCUUGAAUUGGGAGCUAUACUGGAACCUGGAAGACCUCCGAAAACAGACAAGGCUGCUAUCUUGAUUGAAGCCGUUCGCAUGGUGACUCAAUUGCGUGGCGAAGCCCAGAAGUUGAAAGACUCAAAUUCAAGUCUCCAGGAGAAAAUCAAGGAGUUAAAAGCUGAGAAGAACGAACUGCGUGAUGAGAAGCAAAGGCUAAAAGCAGAGAAAGAGAAGUUGGAACAGCAACUCAAGACUGUCAACACUCAGCCCACAUUUGUACCCCCGCCUCCUGCCAUUCCUGCUGCUUUUGCCGCACCUCAUGGGCAAGCCCCAGGCAACAAAUUGGUUCCUUUCAUCAGCUACCCAGGAGUUGCUAUGUGGCAGUUCAUGCCUCCUGCUUCUGUAGACACCUCGCAGGAUCAUGUCCUCCGCCCACCUGUUGCUUGAGUUCGGGAAAACCUUCCAGAGCUUUGGGCUUGCAAUUCCUCUGCUCGAAGCUCAUUUCUUUUACCAUUGUUGACUCAGUUAGCUUUUUUCUUCCUGUCUUUGCUAGUUUGUGUUGGUGGCUGAAAAAGACAGUACUGCAGACUUAACUAUGGACUCUCUAUGUAGUUCACGUGUAAAUCUAAAUAAGUUGAUUAUCGAGUUUCUUCUUCUUUCGUA